AAAACUCGUGGUUCUCACCUGGAGACCAUAUACAUGAACGACGCUUCGCGGGACCAGAAUCCGCUCGCUAGCUAUCCUGAGGCGAACUUGUCAAGGCUUCGGGAGAUCGCUCAAAAGUACGAUCCUGGGCGCGUAUUUCAAGUCUUGCAGAAUGACGGUUUUCUCUUGUCGAAAGCGUAG